GUCGUCACGUGACUCUGCGUGGGUUCUGCCCUCUGGCGCGCUGCCUUGUGGGAAGCGGAGAGUAGAGCUGCGUGAGGAGAGAGCGAGGCAGGCAAGAUGGACGCGGGCUUUUUCCGCGUGAGUAGGGGGAUCCUUGUGGGACAAACGUGGGUGGAGGAGCGGGGAGAGAGAGCGCCUGUAUUCCCGGUGUGAGGGAUGUUUGGCUAACGGUGCGGCCGGGGCUCCCGCCGUGCGAGCUGUGACUGGGCGCCGUGUAAUGCGGGCUGCGGCCUAGCCCGGAGUGUGAGCAUGGCGGCAGCCCGUCACACCGACAUGGGACCACACAGCCCGCUCCGUGUGUGCUGCUCGCCAGCUCUGUGUGCGGGGCCGCAGCGUGAGAGCGAGCCUGGCCCACCGUGUGAUAACUAAAUAUAUAUAAUAUAUAUACUGUAUGGAAAGUAUGGGAAUAGGAGAACCCGAAUAAUACAACACACCGAGAUGGCCUCGCAAUAUGUACAGACAAUAUAAGUAGUGAGAGUUAUUACCUGUAUAACAUUAUAUUAUAUUCUAUAUAUCCGAGCCUGACUGACCCACCGUGUGAUAACUCUAGUUAUAUUAUCUGUACUGGUAAUCUAUAACUAGACUGCACCGUGUAAUAACUCACACUACUUAUAUUAUCUGUACAUAUUACGUGGCCAUCUCGGUUUAUUGUAUUAUUCGGGUUCUCCUAUUCCCAUACUUUUCAGAUUGCAUGUUGAAAGAACAUAUGUGCAAAAGCUGCUUUAAAAAAAAAAAUCAAAAAAAAAAAUCAAUACCAACUUUAUUCUGUUUUAUGGGUUAUUACGUUUUCAUUGGUGGACGAGAAAAAGGAAAACUAUACUUUUAAAUAUACCUGUAGCAUUGUUUUUUCUAAAUAGGCCUAAAUCACAGACUUGCAACCUGUUGUGUGUUCUGUGGUCAUGAAGUUAAUUAACAUGUGAAGUAAACGUGUUUUUUUUUUUGGGGGUGUUUAUCAUAUACCAUGCUUGUAUUUCAUCCAGCUUAUUUAGGCAUAAUGUAAACUCUACUUUUUUUAAAACUAGGGUUUUGAGGGUUUGUUUUUUUUUUUUGCAUUUACCCAUUUUUAGAAUAUGUCUAACAUUUACAUGUAGGUGGGCUUUUUUCCCAUUCUUUAUACAUUUUAGAUGUAUUUUCUAAAGAAAUCUAAUUUGUGGAUCCUUGGAUAUUAUCUAGUUUAGUUAUUGCAUUAAAAAUUUGCUGGAUUUGUCUAAAUUGAGGCUUGGAAACUCAUGCACAUUUUGCUGCACUUGCAAAGUUGUUUGACAUGCUGUGCAUUGUUAAAAGUUGAUGGAAAUGGAAACUAUUUCAGUUAGUCACCAGUGUGAAGUGUAGAGAACUCUUAGUUUGUGAAUUUAAAAUGGUAGGUCAAAAGUUAAGUCAUGUCAGUAUCUUUGUUUUCUAUUAAACGAGCUUACAGUCUAUAUCUUAAUUUGUCGGCUUUACAAUAUGAAGUGUGUGUACUAGUCAAGGAAUUUGCUAGCAAAAGAGGAUAGCUCCUAAAUUUGAAAUGGCAAACAACCUUUCCUGGUUAUUGUUAUAUUUGGUUUGAGUUUAAAGCAGCCUAAUUUACAGGGCAUGCACGUUGGCUGACUUGAGACCAUAAUUAAAAUGCAUAUUUGUGGGUGUUGAACUCUAGACUAAAACCCUGUUGCUUUUCUAGAUUCAAGAUUCACAUUGCUGAACUUAUUCUCCAUGAAGAAAUUUUGUUAUUUUUGGCACCUUGCUUUAUUUAUUACAUAUUUAAAAUCUCAUGGGAUUUAUUGCUUCCUAAUUGCUUAAAUAGUAAUCUGGCAAAAGAUCAGCAGUAAUGUGUUCAGCCCAGUAAAUAUACAUAUUUAUGAUGCAAGCGUAAUAUCUACCCUAGCUUCUGUGUAAAUACUUUGUUUGAACAAUUCCAAGGAAGUUUCUCUCAAACAUUGUCACAUGCGUGCAAUUAAGUAAUGCAAGUAUAAAAUCUUAACAAUACUUUUCAAAGUUAGUGUUUAAAAAAAAAAAAAAAAAAGUAAAGUGUUACGAACGCUGAUAUAGUAGAUAUCCUGUUCGCCUAUUUCCUCCCGAACUGCUGAGCCUGAGUGAUUACAGCUUGCAGUUCGGGUGUAGAUUCAAACGGUUCCAGACGAAUGCAGCAUCCACAUAGUUUUCUCCCCAGCAAGUAGACUGUUAGCCAAACAUUAGCCUAGACUUCAUGAAGGGUACAACAGGAAUGAUUUUAAUGGGUGCCACAUUGGCUAUUAUAAAAGUCCCCAUGGAAGGGGCACUCCCACAUGGACCUUGUGGGGUAUAGGGACACAAAGUUUACAACCAAUAAUAAUACAGUGGCAAAGUGUGACACUCCCAAUACAAACCGAUAAUUCCCUCAUCUCUGCCUGUGAGAUAAUUGGGUCAGAUAAAGUAAUAACUCCAUUAUCUCCAGGCAGAAAAAACAAAUUUUUCAUAAAACUUGAAAAGUACCCCAAAACACACAACCUCCCCAUAAAUGUUAUAUCCCCUGAUAGCCCUGAUCUGGGUGACCAACAUAUCCAAAAAUCACCCAGAUCAGUUCAGGGGUUUUGGAAUUUUAUGGAAGUCCAAUUUGGACCGACCGCACACAAGGCUCCUGGCCAGCAACAGUUCCAUGAGUUUAGGCUGUGUGGUUGGUCUAUUUCGAAAAGUCACAAAAACGAAAUAAUGCAUUAAUAGAACCCCCUGUCUCAUAGUAGCGAUUGUUCCCCUGGUUCAUGGGAAUCAAACUACUGAACAUCACUCUCCUGGCUGUUUGGGAAAAGGAAGCAGGCGUUCGUAUACUUUGACUAGUGUUCGGGAAGUCAAGUGUCAGAUUUUAGUUCUAGACAGUCGACGAUCAGGUCCCGCGGCCUCCUUUCAUGCGAACAAGAUGGCAGCGAUUUUCUCUUGCACGUGGCAUUCGGCUAUUUAACUCAUUCAGGACAGAGUCAAGAGUACACGUUCUGAUCAAAACAAAAUGUAAACAAAAACUGGCAUUUGCGCUAUGUCUCUUCAACCGUAAUUCACCUCUUUCAUAUUAAGUGCACCCACACUUAUUAUAAUAAUUUUGUUCAAGAGAAACAGGGCACUAAUUACUCAUGAACUAUUCAUAUAUGAAACAUAAAUUAUUAUGAAUAAAAUUAAAAACUGUGAGAAAUUAAGAUUUUUUUUUUUUAUUGAUUUUUUUUAAAUGUAGUACCCUCUGACAUUUUAGCUGUAAAUGUCAUAAUACUGUUAGCAUUUACUGUAUUAAAAUGCACAUCCAGUGGUGCCUCGGUUUACAAACGCCUCGGUUAACAUCAGUUUCGGUUUACAAAUGAAAACCCAUUGAAAAUAAUGCCUCGGUUUACACAUUUGUUUUGCAAUGCAAAGCAAGUUUCCCCAGGAUGCAUUGCGCCUGGGAGGUUUAUAGCGCCGCCUCCAUGCAUGCUGGAGUCUGUGGUUAGCACAUGGCGUCGAGUGUGGAGGUGGUGGAGCGGUUUCUGCAUCAAGUUUUGGAGCCAUUCUGGAAAUUGUUUGCAGUGGUUUUAGGACUUUUUGGAACUUUUUUGUUUCAUUUCUCAAGCGGUAGAAAGGUAGGGAGCUGAGUUUCGUCAUUUGCAUGCCUUUUACUGUGUGUUCUGCAUUGUGGGUUGGUUUCCAUGACCGCUCAUUUUUACUUUUUUCUGGCCUCCGGAACUGAUUAAAUGGUUUUUAAUGCAUCUCUAUGGUAAACCACGUUUCAGUUUACAAAUGUUUCGCAAUAAGAAAAGUCCAGAAGAACACAUUAAAUUUGUAAACCGAGGUACCACUGUAUUUGUAUUCAGCAUUGUCUCGCUGAAUUGUGGCUCAGAGGUAAGACAGCAGGAUUAGGACCGCAAAGUACCCAGGUUCAAUAAGCUGAAUUGUGGCUCAGAGGUAAAACGGCAGGAUUAGGACAGCAAAGUUCAAAUCCCCUGUUGGGCAUUUAUGGAGUGACUAUGUUUGUAUGGCACGGUGAGAACUGUGACAAAAUGCCACCUUAAUUGGUGAAAGACCGAAUAUAGGCUGAACACAUGUUGAAUGUCAGUGAUAGCGUGGCCCAGCAUGGUCUGAACAAACAUAUGGUUUUUAGAGGGACAAAGGUUUAAAAAUAUCAGGAAGAAUUACUUUACUGAGAGGGUAGUGGAUGCAUGGAAUAGCCUUCCAGCUGAAGUGGUAGAGGUUAACACAGUAAAGGAGUUUAAGCAUGCGUGGGGAUAGGCAUAAGGCUAUCCUAACUAUAGGAUAGGGCCAGGGACUAGUGAAAGUUUUUGGAGGAUUGGGCAGACUAGAUGGGCCGAAUGGUUCUUAUCUGCCGUCACAUUCUAUGUUUCUAUGUUACAACAGUACGCCCCAUUAACAGGUUUUAUGGUGUUUUGGAAAGUUACAGGGUAAAAUAUAGCACAUUUCAUUUCUCAGUUUCUUCACAUUGUAAUUUACCAGCUUAGUAAUGUUACCUUUGAGACCGUAUGGUAGCACAGGAAUGAGAAUUAUCCCCAUGAUGGCAUACCGUUUGCAAAAGUAUACAACCCAAGGUAUUGCAAGUGUGGUAUGUCCAGUCUUUUUUUAGUAGCCGCUUAGUCACAAACACUGUAAAUAUAAUAAAUAUAUAUCAUUUUUUAUUUUUUUGCGGUUGUUUGUAUUUUAUAUAUAGAAUGUCAUUCUGUGUGUAUUUUGUUACAUACAUAUGUAUUAACAAAAUACAGAAUGAAAUUACAAAAAUAUUUUAUUGUAAGUGUGUGUGUGUGUGUGUGUGUGUGUGUGUGUGUGUAUAUAUAUAUAUAUAUAUAUAUAUAUAUAUAUAUAUAUAUAUAUAUAUAUAUAAUCUAUCCAUUCUAAGUGUAUUUUAAUACUUAUAUAUGUACUUAUAAUAAAACAUACGUAUGAUAUAUAAAAUGUGUGUGUGUGUGUGUAUAUAUAAUAUAUAUAUAUAUAUAUGUGUGUGUGUGUACAUUUAAUUUAUUUUAAACAUGUUUAAUUAUAUAUUUUUUACACUACCCACAACCCAGACAGUCCCCCUGCUGGCAGAUCCACAGCCAGCUAUAGGGGCCCUGUGGUUGCUCUUUGAGAGCAAUCACAUAGCCCCCGGGGCCUGAUUUGCUCGGAGAGGGCUGCCUGGGCUGUCAGACAGUCCUCCCGAAGCAGCUCGCAGUGGAGGUAAGUACCGCAGAGCUUCUGGGGGCUUAAGCAGUUAUGGUGUUCUGUGCAACAGCUUUAAAGCCCAUUAUAAUGGGGAUGUCAUAGAACGCAGUAACGACGUUAAGGGGUUAAAGAUCUGGUGUUUUCUGUAAGCCCGCCACAACAAUCAAUGUACUUAUUUUUGUGUGUGUUCUUGGCUGGUUCUAUUCCAUCUUAAAGGGACACUAUAGUCACCUGAACAACUUCAGCUUAAUGAGAUUGUUCAGGUGAGAACUAUAGCUCCCUACAGCCUUUCUCAUGUAAACACUGUGCACAGCAUCCUGUGAUUCAAUAUCUCCUCCCUCUGCAUGCAGACCCUGAACUUUCCUCAUAGAGAUUCAUUGAUUCAAUUCAUCUCUAUGAGGAGAUGCUGAUUGGCCAGGGCUGUUUUUGAAUCAUGCUGACUCUGCCCCUGAUCUGCCUCUUUGUCAGUCUCAGCCAAUCCUAUGGGGAAGCACUGUGAUUGGAUCAGGCUACCACAUGUCAGCAUACUGCUUGUUUUUCUGAGUCUAACAGCAUGCAGAUUUACAGCUUCAGGCUUGAAUACAGUAAGAUUUUUUACUAUAUUCAUGGGGGCAUGAGGGGCACAGGGGGGCUAGAUGGUGUUAACACUAUAGGGUCAGGAAUACAUGUUUGUGUUCCUGACCCUGUAGUGAUCCUUUAACCUAAAUGAUUGCUGUUGUGAGAUUAAUUUGCUUACAUAGGGCAUUUAUCUCACUGGGGUUCCCUGCAGUGCCAGAUUUAAAAGGACACUCCAGACACCAAAACAAUCUUAUCUUAAAAGACACUUUUGUGUACUAUAACAACUAUCAACAUGAAGUUGUUAUAGUGCCAGUAGGUGCCUACUUUUGACUUACCUUAAAUCGUUCAUGGUUGGUUUAACCCCAAAAUCUGUUUUCCUGCACCGGAUCGCUAUACCCUGUCCUCCUUCAGCUUUCUGAAAUCCUAGAUAACAGAAAGCUCGGAUGGGGGUGCUGCUACUUGGUUUGUAGUGUUAACCUCAUGCCAUAGCUUUAUUUUAUUUUUUUUAUUAAUGGGGAGCUACUGAUUGGCUUAGAGCACCAAGUGACUGCUCUAAACUACAUAGUGGCGCCGCAUUGCGAGCCUUCUGUUAUCUAGAAUUUCUGAAAGCAGCUUAUAGUGUGGUGAUUUCCGAUUGAAGCCUUGGACCAUUAGAAGUUGCUAGGCAGAGCAGAUGGAUCCAAUCUUUGCAAUUUCGGAGUUAAAAUGUUCAAAAAUAUAAACUCUUUAGGUAAGACAUUACCAGUAACUGCCGUCAUUAUACCCUGAUUGAGGUUGAGUUGUUAUGGUGCCCAGUGUGGUCCUUUUAAGUUGGUAAUUAAUGUUUAUUAUCUUGUAUAAUGUAGCAAAUCACGCUUAUAAUUAUCUUUUAUUUUACAGGGUACAAGUGCAGAGCAGGAUAAUCGAUUCAGCAACAAACAAAAGAAACUUUUGAAGCAGCUUAAAUUUGCAGAAUGCCUGGAAAAGAAGGUAUACAUUGGCAUGAGUCUAACUGUGUCAACUUUAUUGCUGAAUGUUUUCAUAGUAGAAAAGAACAGAAUAUGAGCAAGCAGUGAUAUUUACGUUUUUGUGUCGUCCUAUAGCAAUGUGAGCAAUUUUUUUUGUUUUUUUCAUUAGAUCCUUAAGUAAGGGGAUGCUUCAGUACUAGGAGGCAACAGUGGAAAUAGAUGCAAAAUUAAUUUUGUAUUUUUAUAACUCUUAAAGCUGUAUCUUACAAGCUAGACUUUAGCAAUUCUUAAUAAAAGUAUAUACUUGUAGCAGUCAGCAGAAACGUUAUAGAUUUACGGAGUUAUAUUUUCUAUUUCUUACAAGUGAUUUUUUACAAAUAUAUCUUUAGCUUAUUUUUCUUUUCAUCCUUUAUCACAACUCCUUCCUGAUUAAACAAUUUGAAUGAGCUUGAAAGGUCUCAUAGAAGAUUAGUGUUAUUUUAAUAAAGAUAGAUAUAUGAAUGCGUGACUCAGUCUCAAGUCCUACAUGACUGCAGUUAAGGAGCUUGUAAAUAUAUGUGACACAAAAUAACAAAUAAUGGUGCAGACCUUUUGGGUCAAAAACUAGUACUCACAGCAGUAGUAUAUGAGGUAGCAUUCACAUGUUAUGGAGCGUAAACUAGCUUGAAGUAAAAUUGCUUGCAUUGGUACAAUUCCCACUAAUGGAUAUGUAACUUUUUAGGUGAAUAUCUCGAUGUGCAGGUAGAUAUGUAAAAGAAAAAUAAAAUAUCCAUUAGUGCUCACUGUAAACAUAGAUAUGUGAUGCAGUACAAAAAUUUAUUAUACUCUCAUUUGAUAGAGCGUUAAGUCGCACAAAUAUUUGCGCGUAGGUGGUAUAAUCACCACUGGGGAUAUGCUGGUAAAUAGUUGUCCAGAUCUGAAGUUAGGUGUGCCAGGAACAAAUAAAAUUGUAGAAUUGCAUACAAAGUGUAAUAAAUGGUCUCUCACAACAAAGUGAGUUAAAAACAAAUAUACUUUAAUACUUAAAUGAAAUAAACAUAACUGCUACACUAUUACAUAACGCGUUCCACAUAUAAAGGCUUUUUCAAACAGAUUGAUCUUGCACAUAGGGGUAUAUAUGUUAAUGGCAAUUAAAAUGGCUAUUUUGGCACCAAAAUGACAUCCUUUGACCUCAUGAGGUCACGUGUUAUUUACAAUAUUUGAUUAUGAAAUUCAUUCUUAAUAUAAGUGCUGUCUAUUUUUAGGGUUUAUGGGAUUACCUUAUACCCAGGGUUUGCCUAAGUCUAGUCAGUUGUUUCCUUAGCGCUUAUCCAUUUUGUUUUCCAUUGACAAUAUAUUGGUUUGGCCGAUUUAAAGGGGAUUUUUGGCAAAUAUCAGUUGAAAUUAUACCUGUAUUGCAGAUACUGUGGAGGGGCUGUCCGCCCCGGGUGCCACUCGUAUUGUAAAGGGGGCCGCUGGGACCCAGCACUCUCUUAUCGUCUGUUUCUAACAGCUUCUCUCUCCAACUUUCAUGAGUUCCUGGCUGGCAAUGCUCCGCGCUGCAUACAAGGCUCACUAGUUGGAGAGAGGACCUGUUGGAAUCAGAAGAUGGGGAGUGCUGGGUCCCAUCCGCCACCUCUACAAUGUGAAAUUCCCUGGCAGUCUGCAAAAAGGCAAUGGACCACCAGGGAGUGUAAUGUCUUCCUCCCUGGCCACAUUAAAUGGAGGGGUGAAGAAUAUUGGUACCAGUUAUCUGCUAAAACACCACCGAUAAUUCCCAAAGAAAAAGAUGCAUCAUUAAAUACAUGCAGUGCAUUAUAUGGGUAUAUCUACUAAACAAUGGUUUUUAUUUUCUUUGUAUUUAGGCAGUGGAGUGUCCCUUUAACUUAAAUGUCUAGUAGUGAGAAAUUCUAAGCUGUAUGAAUGUGAUCUACUACGCUAAAAUAAAUUACUAAAUUAAAAUAUUCCUGUUUUUAUUUUGAAAUAGGUGGACAUGAGCAAAGUAAAUCUGGAAGUAAUCAAGCCUUGGAUUACAAAAAGAGUUACAGAAAUAUUAGGAUUUGAAGAUGAUGUGGUGAUUGACUUUGUCUUCAACCAGUUGGAAGUUAAGGUAAUCCAUGUUGUAGAAGGUUUCCGCCAAAAUAAUUUCUUCUUUUCUGCCUGUUAUGCAAGGCUUUUGUAUUAGCAUGUGUACUGUGUCAGAAUUCACAUUAUAAAUCAAAUUUAAAAAGGUGGGUUUAAUUUUAGCGGAAGGUACUUGGAUAUUCAGUCUACAUUUGAGGUAGCCUUUAUUGUUUUGAUGUUGCUGUGUGACAUUCUGAGUUAGAUGGCAGUUUUCUAAUGAUAAUGUGAUUUAUGAUUUAAAAGGCCUGAACCAAAAUGGAAGUUAUUCCUUGCGUGUGAAGUGUAGCACCAUCAACUAAUUAGGGCACAGCAGAGUGAGUGUCCAAUGUCGCUCUGACCCAACUCUCUUGAUGAUGCAGUGUGUGUUUUGGAGGUGAGUUGUGUUAUGGUGGCCAAACAAAAUCAAAAGCACAAUAAAACUGACCUAUAGUUAACUUAAGCCAAACGUUUCACUUCAGUUUGAAAACCUUCAAUAUGCUUAUUGCAUAGUGGCUACAAAACUGAUGGUUGCAGUGACUGGUCACAUUUAUGAUGGUGUGAUAACAAAUGUAGGUGGGAAAUUAUAUUUUGUGCAUUAAAGGGAACCUAUCAUUGAAAAUGUGUGUAUUUGUUACAGGCAAAAUUCACCCACUUUAUUGCAUAUGUGGCUCUUUCAUGCCGUGCUUGAAACCUCAACAAUACUUUGCCUAGCUGUUAUGUAGGUUGAUUUAGAUAUUAAAACAAAGCCUUUAAGAAUGAAGAUACAUCUGCAUUUUUUUUUUUUUAAAUAUCCAAUAUUAAGAGUUGUUAAAAUUUGCUGAGCCGUGAGUACCCACAUAUCAUACUCCAGGCCAUUUUAUUACUUUACAUGCAAAAAGAAGCAAUUUGGUUUGUGUUGAACUCCUUAAUCAUUCUUGAGCAAUUUGAAAUAUAAUUUCGUGGACAUAAGUACUGUGAUUUUGGUUAGUUUAUGAAAGCCGUAGAAGUCAAAAAUAUUCUAUUUAUAUGAGACCGAUUGAAAUGGGAUUUUUCAAUUUUGCGUUUGGUUUCCACAGCUUGCUCAAAAACAUUUGGUAUGCAGCUAAAACAGUGUCUCUUAAAGGGACACUCUAGUCAUUAAAACAACUUUAGCUUAAUGAAGCAGUUUUGGUUAAGGAUGCACCAAAAUUUUCGGCUGAAAACCGGUCAAAUUUGCCAACAUUUUUAUUUAUUUUUUUUGUAGUGCAUAGUUUAACAGACAUGCUUGCAUUAAAGAGACACUAUAGUCACCAGAAAAACUACAGCUUAUUGCUUUUUGCUGGAAACACCCUUUUCAGAGAAAAUGCAGUGUUUACAUUACAGCCUAGUGAUAACUUCACUGGCCACUCCUUAGAUGGCUGUUAGAGAUACUUCCUGGGUCAUGGCUGCCUAUAAUGCAUCCAAACAUUGUCUCCUCCCUCUGCAUGCAGACACUGAACUUUCCUCAUAGAUGUAAAUUAAUUCAGUUCAUCUCUACGAGAUGCUGAUUGGCCAGGGCUGUGUUUGAAUUGUGCUGGCUCUGCCACUGAUCUACCUCUUUGUCAGUCUCAGCCAAUCCUAUGGGGAAGCAUUGUGAUUGAAUCAGGCUACCACUUUUGCUGAUGUCAUCAGGCAGUGGGCAGGUCUAAAGGAAACAGGUACAAAGCAAACAGCUCCAGACUUGAAUACAAGUAAGGUUUUACUAUAUUUAGGGAGGCAUGAGGGGCCUGGGGAGCUAAGAUGGUGGGUUUUAACCCUAUAGGGUAAGGAAUACGUUUGUGUUCCUGACCCUAUAGUGCACCUUUAACAAUUCAGAUGAUUUAUAUAUCACAAUGAAAAAUAGUAAUGAUAACAUGAAAGUCAAGAAUAUUAAACUUGGGACAGCGGAGGAGAAAAGAACACUAUGCGACAAGGGAGGGGGGGGGAGAGAGGAACAUUAAGCGGGGGGGAGGGUGACACUAAAAGAGAAGGGACGUUUUUCAUAUUAGAUUAAUUCAAUUAAUUAAGUCUAAUAUUAAUAAAGUUACAAAAACAAUUAAAAAAAAAAAUUAAUUUGGGGACAAGUCUUUUUCGGCCAAGGGCAUCCUGAAUUUUCGAUUUCGGACCAGCAUUUUCAUUUCGGUGCAUCCCUAGUUUUGGUGUGUAGAUCAUGCCGCUGCUGUCUCAGUGCUCAAUUCUCUGCCAUUUAGGAGUUAAAUCACUUUGUUUAUGCAGCCCUAGUCACAACUCCCUGCAUGUGACCUACACAGCCUACCAACACUUCCUGCAAAGAGUCAUCUAAUGUUUACCCUUCCUGUAUUGAAAAUACUGUUUAAUUUAGAAUUUAUCUCCUCUGUUAAUAGCUUUCUAGACCCUGCAGGAGCCUCUUGUAUGUAAUGAAAGUUCAGUUUACAGAGCAGGAAAUAAACGUUUAACCCCUUCAGGGCGGAGUCAAUAGUACAUGUUCUGAUCAAAACAAAACGUAAACAAAAAUUGAAAUUUGCGCUAUGUCUGUUCAACCGUAAUUCACCUCUUUCAUAUUAAAUGCACCCACACUUAUUAUAUAUCAUUUUGUUCAGGAGAAACAGGGCUUUCAUUUUAAAUCAAAUAUUUAUAUAUGAAACAUAACUUAUUAUGAAUAAAAUUAAAAAAACUGAGUCUAAAUUUAAAAAAAAAAUUGUAGUUCCGCCUCACAUUUUAGCUGUGAAUGUCAUACUGUUAGGUUUUACUGCAAAAUAAUGCACAUAUUUGUAAUCGGCGAUGUCUCACGAGUACAACAGUACCCUCCAUUAACAGGUUUUAUGGUGUUUUGGAAAGUUACAGGGUCAAAUAUAGAACGUUCCAUUUUCAAAUUGAAAUUUGCCAGAUUAGUAAUGUUACCUUUGAGACGGUGUGGUAGCCCAGGAAUGAGAAUUACCCCCAUAAUGGCAUACCAUUUGAAAAAGUAGACAGCCCCAGGUAUUGAACGUGGGGUAUGUUUAGUCUUUUUUAGUAGCCACUUAGUCACAAACACUGGCCAAAGUUAGCCUUCAUAUUUGUUUUUGUGUGAAAAAAGCAAAAAACUAAUAUUUGGCCAGUGUUUGUGACUAAGUGGCUACUAAAAAUGACUGGACAUACCCUAUUUGCAAUACCUUGGGUUGUCUACUUUUGCAAAUGGUAUGCCAUCAUGGGGGUAAUUCUCAUUCCUGGGCUACCAUACGCUCUCAAAGGCAACAUAACCAAUCUGGCAAAUUUCAAUGUCCAAAAAAUGAAAUGCAAGCCUUAUAUGUGACUCUCUAACUUUCCAAAACACCAUAAAACCUGUACAUGGGGGAUACUGUUAUUCUCGGGAGACUUCACUAAACACAAAUAUUAGUGUUUUAAAACAGUAAAACAUAUUACAACAAUAAUAUAGUCCAUAAAAGUGCCGUUUGUUUGUAAAAAAAAAAAUAAAUGCAAAAAACGUCACUUUUACUUAAAAUAUCAUAGUUGUAAUACAAUUUACCAGUUUUAAACACUAAUAUUUGAGUUCAGCGAAGUCUCCCGAGUAAAACAGUACCCCCUAUGUACAGGUUUUAUGGUGUCUUGGAGAGUUACAGGGUCAAAUAUAGUGCUUGCGAAUUAUAUUCUCUGCACUUUCUCCCUGUGUUGUCAGGCAUGUCAAUCAAAUUUUAAUUAAUCAAAUCACAUAAUUAUGUUAAAAGAUUACUUAAAUAUACACGUAGAAUUUUAAUAUAUGCAUUUAUAGGUAUUUAAAUUCUACGUGUAUGCUAAUAUAAUCUUUUAUGUAAUUUUAUAUAUAUUUGCGGUUAUUUGUAUUUUAUAUAUAGAAUGUCAUUCUAAGUGUAUUUUGUUACUAUAUAUAUAUAUAUAUAUAUAUAUAUAUAUAUAUAUAUAUAUAUAUAUAUAUAUAUAUAUAUAUAUAUAUAUAUAUAUAUAUUAACAAAAUACAGUUAGAAUGAAAUUACAUAUGAAUAUAUAAUUUAUAUUAAAUUUUGUUUCAAUAUUUAUUUUAUUUAUUGUAAUUAUAUAUGUGUAUGUGUGUAUAUAUUAUAUAAUAUAACGUCAUUCUAAGUGUAUUUUAAUAAUAUAUGUUAUUAGUAUUAAAAUACACUCUGUAUGACGUUACAUAUAUAUAUAAUACUUUUAACUUCUUUUUAAACGUUUAAAUUGUUUUUUUUUAUUUUUUGUUUUUUUUACACUACCUACUAGCAGGGGGACUGUCUGAUAUUUCAGACAGUCCCCCUGCUGGCAGGUCCACAGCCAGCUAUAGGGGGCCUCACUUGCCGGGGGAGGGUUGCCUGGGCUGUCAGGCAGUCCUCCAGAAGAGGAUCGCGGCGGAGGUGAGUACCGCCCGUUGCGGCGUUCUAUGCCGCCGCAACGGCUUUAACCCAUUAAGGACCAAACUUCUGGAAUAAAAGGAAAUCAUGACUUGUCACACAUGUCAUGUGUCCUUAAGGGUUUAAAGCCGCGACGACACGGAACGGCGUUAAGGGGUUAAAGUAAGUUACAUCUGAUUGAAAGUGAAACCAUUUAUUUUCAUGCAGACUGAGUCAGUCAGUGGAGGUGUGACUACGCCUGCAUAAACAGAAACAAAGUGAUUUAACUCCUAAAUGGUGGCGAACUGAGCAGUGAGACUUCAGGGACAUGAUAUAUACACCAAAACUGCUUCAUUAAGCAAAAGUUGUUUUUGAUGACUAGUGUCCCUUUAAAUUUGAGAAGAUGGACUAUGGGCACAGCAAAUUUCUAGGAGUAGCACAGCAAUAACUCCGCACUGUCUAGUGUGUAAAAUGAGCCAAAUGUAAAAAUAGAUUUCAAUGUCUGAUCAUUGCAUUUUGCCUGUUACAUAUGCAUGCACAUAUGAACUUUUUUUUUUUUCUUUUUUUCGGCACAAGUGUAACACUUUAUGUUUUGGCUUUUUCCAAUAUAAAUAUUUUACGUGGUUGGUUUAGUUGUCAACAUGUUAGAUUGCGAUGCCUGAAGUGCCAGCUUACUUAGUGUUGAAUCAUUUUUGCAUGGAGGUGUGACUAAGGAGGGAGUGACCUUGGCCAUCCUGGAGACUGGUUACAUAUGUCCCUGUAGCCAAUUGCUGCUUGAGCUAAUGUGGAGGCAUCAGAGUAGCAGCAAAGGGUCAUUGCGAGGAGACUCCAUGCACAUAAUCACUAAAUGAGAGAUUAUGCUCUCACUUCAGUAAUCUUAUGCUGUUAAAAACAUUUAUUGGCAUGUCACUUUUCUGGCUCUUUAAACAGUUCUCUAAUGUUAUGGGCAUACAUCAACCCCUGGUUUUAGGGAUUUUCUCAACAAUGGAUGUGUCAUUUUAGCUAGAAAGUUUUUCCUGGGGAAAAUGGCAUAAUGGAGAAAUUUUGUUGAAAGUUGAUGUUUAACUGAAACUGGGCAUUUCCAAACAGAUUUCCAAAGCAGAGUUGCAAACUGCCAAAAAGUAUUGCACUGUUUAUCACCUAUAACGGUAAUGAAGAUAAUGAUCACCUAGUGAUACUGCUUUAUAAUCAUACAUAACUCUGACAUGCUCUUCGAUGGUUGGUAAAAUUCUAACAUAACUAUAAAAGCGUAUUCAUUCUUUAAAUUUCUAUUUUGAAAUCAAAAUAAAGGUUAAAACCAGACUACUUUAGUCAGAAAGUAAAUGGCAUAUAUUGGGUGUUGUGCAAUUUUAUUUAUGGACUAUCUCCAAUAGCAAAUUGUAGUGAUUUAUUUAGUUUUGUAUAUUAAAAACAAACAGGUUUGUUCACUAAACUCCUAGCUGUAAUGUUAUUUUUUUGUUUUUUGUGCCAUUUGUAUUUGUUUGUUACAAUUUGUGAAUAACUUUCUCUUCUGUAGCAGACGAUACUGACUGUUGCUAGUAGAUGCUGCCAGCCCCUGUCUCUAACUUGACUAAAAGUGAGGCCGCGCUGAGUGUAAAACAUGUCAGUUUUACUCUACUCUGACUGCUUCUCUUAACCCCUUAAGGACACAUGACGUGUGUCAUAAUUCCCUUUUAUUCCAGAAGCUUGGUCCUUAAGGGGUUAAAGUGCAUCUUUCACUAAAAAUUACUUCAUGUAAUCUACUUAAUACCUGCCUGUCUGAAUCUUUAGUUUUGUUUAUCUCCCGAGUACUCAUUUUCAUAACAUACAUAAGAAAAAGUACCGACUACUUUUCCUUAUGAGUGGUAGUCAAGGUACAAAACUUGACAAUGGCAGAGCUUAAAGCAGGGUUGUGUUUCAGUUGCCAGUCAAUAAAAUCAAUCCCACAGAAGGGCAAAUGGCAGACAUUAUAGUCAGAGAAAUCAAAAUGUACCAGAUACGUUGAUCUAUCACAUGAAAGAAAAGUUAAUGUAAAGGUGAGUAUAAGUAUUAUGGCGAUUCUAUAGUGUUAGGAAUACAAAUCUGUAUUCCUAACACUAUAUAGUGCCUUCUGGUCCCCCCACUGUGGCGCACAGGUUUUAUUUUUUUUUUUUUUUUGGUUUUUUUUUUUUUUAAAGCAAAAAAAAUCUUUAUUUACUCACCCGGUUCCGAUGUCCCUUGGUGCUCUGCCUCCUCCGGUGUUGUGGGGGUUUUGCCUGGUGAGCGCCUUAGGCCCCCUAUAGGAAAGCAUUGAAUAAGUGCUUCCCUAUGGGGAUUUUACGAACGCUGGAUGUCCUCAUGCAGAGCGUGAAGACAUCCAGCGUCAUUUAGGCAACCUAGAGUCCGGUAAAAUCCCAGAAGUACCUGUUGUGGCUGCCUGAUAAGAAACGGUGCAUAAGGAAACCCAUAUGAUGUAAAAAAGACAGGGCCACUUUAAGCAAACAUUUAAACUCCAAGUUUAAUAAUGUAGUAUUACAUUGCUCCAAAUCUUGUUAAAUUUAAAAUUCCUUAUUUGUUUGUAAAUGUACCAUUUAGUCGACAAAGGUUUCACCAUAAAAUGGAUGUUACGUUAUUGAGAUCUAACUUUUAUUAUACUCUGAUUUUGAGGAAAAAUGAUCAUGAGAGGCAGAGAGUAUCACUUGGAUUAAGCAGAUUAAGGUCUGCUAGAUUUCCAGACAAGUAUUCUGUCCUGUCUUACAGGAACUGGUUAAUGGCAGGAACACCUUUUUUCAUGAUAGAUUCCCUUUAAUGUUUUAUUUAUUUAUUUUUAGUGGGGAAAUGUUCUGCCUCUGGCAGCUCAUGAAAGAUCUGAUAUUUUACUUGCCAUUCUAAUCCUUGGAGUGUUUUUGUCUCAACAGAAUAGUACAUUGUUCAACUGGUCAAGUUAUUGAAAUGAAUGCAGCUUUCAAUUGCUUCCACCUCUUCUGGGGUUUUAAACUUUGUGUAAUCUGUCAGUUAUUUUACUUUUUAAUGGUGUCUUGUGCACUAGCGCCCAAUCUGUUUGUUUUAGCUUGACUGGCCACUAACAAAGCAGAUGGACCAGUUGGAUACAGUGGAAUAAUAGAAUCAACUUAAACACUGACUUGGUUUAUAUCUCAUUAGAGUUCCUCGAACCCGUACAUUUAUUUUGAAUGCGAAGCAUGAGAUUAAAGCUUUAGAAAUUUUGAUAAAUUUUAUUUGUGGCUAUGUACUCAUUAUUGCUUGUUCGUUUUUUGCAAUUUAGAUAAAUGAUAUAACAUUAAACUCAAGGUGGUUGAGUUGCUGUAGGCAGUCGGAAGCAAGCCAAGCGAACAUCUUUCUCUCCAGGGGGACUUGGACAAACCCCAACCUCCCCCAAGGUUCCGAGAAGAGACUGAAGACUGCUGGAAUCUGUACUUUGUGCUGUUGCGCUCUGCUUUUCACGUGGACCUAUAUUGCUUGACUGUGCUGAAAUAUUUUUUAACUAAAAACUGCUCCAUUACGUUGCACUCAACCUUUUAACCCUUUGUGGACUAGAUAUAUUUUCCACAUGUUACCCUCAUAGUGAUAUCAGUAUAUUUUGUAUAUUGCAGGGGCAUGCAUGAAAAGUAUAAUCUAAAAGUAUAUUGAAAAUACUUAAAGUGGUUUUUAUUUUACAGAACUUAAUGGUACAGUUCACAUUUUCUUUUGUAAUUCAUGAAUGCGUAGUGUAGGAUCUUCAAAGUUCUAGAGAAAUAUCAUCAACUGCACAGACAAAUCUAAUUUUGGAAACAUCCACAAAGGAUUAACAGGCCGUUUUGGUUAAGGAGAGCGAUUUGGUCUUUGGCAAAACGUAAGCCAGCAAAAUCCUAGGGAAAGUAAAUAUUUUACUCGUGUUUAAAUUAGUAUCGUUAUAAUUGUGUAGAUGUUUAUUAAAAUAGUGUUUCCUGACUCACCUGUAAUUUAUUUUUAUUUUUUUCAGAAUCCAGACUCCAAAAUGAUGCAGAUCAACCUGACAGGUUUCCUAAAUGGUAAAAAUGCAAGGGAAUUCAUGGGAGAGCUAUGGCCAUUGCUGUUGAGUGCCCAAGAGAAUGUUGCUGGAAUUCCAUCUGCAUUCCUGGAGUUAAAGAAAGAAGAAAUAAAACAAAGACAGGUAUGGUUAAAGUUUACACUUAGGAAUACCCACUUGGUGAAUAUUCAUGAGCAAAUAUUACAUUUAUAAAGAAUUUAAAUACUUUUCUUUUAAACCUAUUUACAGCAAACAUACAACUUAUUAGCAUUAGAUUAUCACAGUCCUGUACUAUUUUAUUACAGAAAAAAAAGCCUUAUUUAAAAUGUCAUGUCUUUUGUAUAUUACGUUUUUAGUAUUUUGAGCAAAAAUAGUCUAUCUGCAAUCUCAGAGUAAGUGUAAGGAAUAAUUAGGUAAUACUUCUGAUGUGCUGGACGACCAUUCUCCCCAUGCUUUCUUUUAGUGCUAUCACCUUUUAUAUUAUCAUACCUGAUACACUUUAUGCGUAUCCCAUCAGGCCUUAUCAACUUAUUUGUCUUUACUUUAGACAGCUGAAAUAGAACCUCUUUUUUUUUUUUUUAAAUUAGAAUGUAUCUCCUGCUCUUUUAAUAGCUUGCAGAAGCCUCGUGUAUGUAAUGAAAUUUCGAUUUACAGAACAGGAAAUGUAAAAAAAAAUUUUUUUUUUACAUAUGAUUGAAAAUCGUUUUGUUUGCAUGCAGGCUGUGUCAGUCACAGCCAGAGGAGGUGUAGCUAGGGCUUCAUAACCAGAAACAAGUGAUUUAAAGGACCACUCUAGGCACACAGACCACUUCAGCUUAAUGAAGUGGUCUGGGUGCCUGGUCCAGCUAGGGUUAACCCAUUUUUUUUAUAAACAUAGCAGUUUCAUAGAGACUGCUAUGUUUAUAAAUAGGUUAAUCCAGCCUCUAGUGACUCUCAUUGACAGCCGCUAGAGGCGUUUGCGUGCUUCUCACUGUGAAAAUCAUUGAGAAGACGCCAGCGUCCAUAGGAAAGCAUUAUGAAUGCUUUCCUAUGAGACUGGCUGCGCGCGCAGCUCCUGCCGCGCAUGCGCAUUCAGGUGUAGAGGAGGAGGAGAGCUCCCCGCCCGGCGCUGGAGAAAGGUAAGAUUUUAACCGCUUCCUCUCCCCAGAGCCUGGCGAGAGGGGGUCCCUGAGGGUGGGGGCACCCUCAGGGCACUAUAGUUCAAGGAAAACAAGUGUUUUCUUGGCACUAUAGUGGUCCUUUAAGUCCUAUAGAGCAGUAAAACUAUAGUUGUUUUGGUGACUAUAGUGUGUGUGUGUGUGUGUAUAUAUAUGUAUGUAUAUAUAUAUAUAUAUAUAUAUAUAUAUAUAUAUUUAUUUAUUUAUUUUUUUAUCUACUCAAUACUUUUACCUUUGUCACUAUUUUAAAACUCCCCAGUUACACACCUCACUUGUGUAGUUCUGAGAAUUUAUAGUCGCUCAAUAAAGAAAUAGCAUAUAUUUAUAUGUAUAGAAAAAUAUAUAUAAUCAUAAAUAUAUAUAAUCAUAAAAAUGAAUUGGUAAAAUUUGUUUCCCUCCACACCAACCUUAGUGUAUAAAAAUAAGUUUUGUGUUUUUUUUCCUUUAGAUUGAGCAAGAAAAAUUGGCAUCACUGAAAAAGCAAGAUGAUGAUAAAGAUAAAAGGGAGAAAGAUGACAGAGACCGAAAGGAUCGAUCUCGGAGUCCACGAAGGUAUUUUUCAUUUGUGUUUUUGUAUGGAAAUUCACCUCUGUUUGGCUUGUACAUCUAAAUCUCAUCCUUAAGUACUAGGUGCUCUUUCUGGAUUUAUUUUUUUAUUUUUUUACGGUUUAGAUGGUUUUAUUUAAAUUCCUUGAAGGCUUGUUGAAGGAAUUCAAAAGCCCCCAUAAUAUUUAAAUUUGGGCAUUAAAUUAGGACCACCCCCACCAGGAUGGCAGGUGCUCUGCCAUCCUGGCGGGGCUGGUCCUAAGCGCCACAUGGGUGCAUAGAAUAUCCCUUCUGUCUAGGGAACUAACCAGAUCCCCACUGCACCCAUGUCGACUGUCGCGUUCCUGGGAACUGCCUGAAAGCCGAGGCAUUCCCCUUCUGCCCUCGUGAGGUCCUUUCGAUCACAUGGCUUGAAUAGCCAGCUUGUGCAGUGCCUGGCCUCCCAGGCUAUCCUUCUAUUGCAUGCACAAAAGUUUUUAAAAGUUUAUAAAGUAAAUAAAAAAAACUUAGUGUGUGUAUAUAUAUUCAAAGGACUUUUAUAUACACACAUACACCAUUACUGAAAGUGUAUAUUAUAUUUAUAUAUAUAUAUAUAUAUAUAUAUAUAUAUAUAUAUAUAUUAUAUUUAAAAUACACUUUCAAUGACCUUAAUUUGCGAGAUUGGAUAUGUUGCGUUGAGACCGCAUGGUAGCCCAGGAAUGAGAAUUACUCAUGAUGGCAUACCAUUUGCUAAAGUAGACCACCCAAGUUAUCGCAAAUGGGGUACAUCUAGUAUUUUUUUAGUAACCACUUGGUCACAAACACUGGCCAAAGUUAACGUUCAAAUUUGUUUUGUUUUUUUUGUGGGUUUUUUUUUUUUUUGCGUUUUUCACACACACAAACAAAAAUGAACGCCAACUUUGGCCAGUGUUUGAGACCAAGUGGUUACUAAAUCAGACUGGACAUACCCCAUUUGUAAUACAUUGGGUUGCCUACUUUUGCAAAUGGUAUGCCAUCAUGGGGGUAAUUCUCAUUCCUGGGCUUACCAUACGGUCUCGAAUGCAACAUAACCAGUCUGUAAAAUUUCAAUGUAAAAAAAAAAUGAAAAAUGUUAUUGGAUAUGCAAUAUUUGACCCUGUACAUGGGGUGUAAUUUAACACACAUUCAAGGUUGUUUUUAUUUUUUGGUCUGGACUUGUACAUUUGCCUUAGUAAUGCUUUCCUAUGGGAAAGUCCAUUGCCGCGCAUGCGCAUUAGGAGCAUGGGCAGAGAUGGAACCAGAUAAGUGACAAAAGGGAUUAUCCCCCUUCUGCAUCACGGGGGGUGGGUGGGUGAGGGAGCUUGACAGAGUGGGAAGCUAUGGUUCCAGGAAAGUGUUUUUUUUGUUUUGUUUUUUUCUGGCACUAUAAUUCCCCUUUAAGGGGUUAAUUAGGGGUUAAUUAUGAAAAACACAUCCACAUUUUUUGUAAAAUGCUCUUCCACGUCCUAUUUUAUUUUCAUCAUAGGCGCAAGUCGAGAUCUUCAUCGCCUCGCAGAAGGUCGCCAGUUAGAAGAGAGCGGAAGAGAAGCCCUUCUCAUUCACCCUGUCCUGAGACAAAAAGUCGAAGUCCUUCUCCUGUUAUUGUGGCUAAACAACCAGACGUGCCAGAACCAGAAUCAUCUAUUAUAGUGAAGGAACCUUCUGUGCAGGAGGCAACUUCAACAAGGUGAACAAUCUUUUUAAAAAAAAUUCUUUAUUUGUAGGUUUUCGCCUUAGAUCAGGAGGGAGGGGAGUGGGGUACAGAAAAUAAAAAAAGGGGGGUGGGGGGGGUGGGUGUGGUUCAAGUCAUAACAUUACUUUUAAGGUAAAUGUCGGUACCAACGCAGGGUACUGUUGCACAUUGGAGGUAGCGUACAUUCGUAUCAACAUUGUAGCUUCAUUGAACACUUGUUUAAUUUCCCUGUUAUUUUUGCAUUCUUAAGUGAUGGGUUUUGUCACUCUUCGAAUCUUUGUGUGUCCUGUCUUGCUAUGUGUAGGUGUGGAAUUGUCCGAGUCGAGGUGCGGGUCAGGGUGAGGGUUGUGGAAUAGGGCGGUGUGGGCAUGGGGGGGUAGGUGUCGCGGUCCGCGAGCCAUACCGUGCGCGGACCCCUCUCAGGGGUCAUAGGAUGGUGUUUGGGUCGAUGUAGUCAGGUGAGGUUUGUACUUGUUUGAAGGUGUGUGGUGUCAUCCAGGUGAACAAACUUUAAAGCUCAAAUCCAAAUAAUGCUCACUAGUGUGGUUGCUAAAUGGUAAAUUUGGUUACCAAAGCAGGACAUAUAAACAAUAUGUAAACAAGCACCAUGGUGAUCAACUAUCAAAAUAAUCUUUAUUAGUGCUAAAUAUCUACAAAGAUAGUUUGUUUAAAAACAGAAUGGUUCAUACAGUAAACAUUUAAAUACUAAUCUAUAUUAUAAACAUGAAUGGAGACAACAGCACAAACAUUUUGGCAUUAUGCCAUUCUUAAUGAACUACCUUUGUAGAUGGAGUGUGGAUAUUUAGAACCAAUAAACCAAGAAAGUUAUGGUGGGGAAACAAGUGAUUGAAAACCCCUUCCAUCUGAAAUCAGUGGAUAGUCUAUACAUUGUUAAACACAAAUCUGCACACACUAGUCAAGCUUUUCCCCUCAAGAUCUCAAAUUAGUUUUUUUUUUUAGAUUUGUUUUAAGUUGAAAGUGGCAUAUAGAACUUUUCCAAUAUAUGUAAAUAGAAACGUAUUUGAGCAUAAGAGAAACAAGUGGGUACAAUAGAUGAAGCCGUGUUAGUAUUGUGAUAUCUAUAUUUGAGGGACAUCGUCGCUGCCUCAGGUAAGUUACUGAAGGGGUUUUCACCCCUUCAGCAACCGGUGAUUUGGGGGUGGGAGGGAGAGGGAACCUGCAGUGCCAGGAAACAGAUUGUUUUCCUGGCACUGGAGUUUCCCUUUAGGGAUCGACCGAUAUUGAUUUUUUUAGAGCCGAUACCGAUAAUCUGCGAACUUUCAGGCCGAUAGCCGAUAUCUUGCCGAUAUUCUGUACAUUUACUAUUUUGAAUAAAUAAACUAAUUCGAAAGGUAAAUGCACAAAAUAUACAUGCCACAUGUAGUGGAUGAAGUGUGUUUAGACAGGGGAACUGUGUGUAGUGGAUGCAGAGUGUGUGUUUGUGUAGUGUGUAUGUAAUGCAGUAUGUGUGCAGUGUGUGUUUGUGUAGUGAUGUAAUUUGUGUAAUUUUUUAUUUUAAUAUUUAAAUGUUUUGUUUUUUUGUUUAGUCCCCGUGUGUUUGUGUGGGGUGUGUGUAGAGUGUAGUGAUGUAAUUUUUAUUUUAAUAUUUUUUUUUAAUAUUUAAAUGUUUUUUUGGUUUAGUCCUCCCCCCUAGAGUGUGUUUGUGUAGAGUGUGUUUGUGUAGAGUGUAUGUAAUGCAGUAUGUGUGCUGUGUUUGUGUAGAGUGUAUGUAAUGCAGUGUGUGUGCUGUGUUUGUGUAGAGUGUAUGUAAUGCAGUGUGUGUGCUGUGUUUGUGUAGAGUGUAUGUAAUGCAGUGUGUGUGCUGUGUUUGUGUAGAGUGUAUGUAAUGCAGUGUGUGUGCUGUGUUUGUGUAGAGUGUAUGUAAUGCAGUGUGUGUGCUGUGUUUGUGUAGAGUGUAUGUAAUGCAGUGUGUGUGCUGUUUGUGUAGAGUGUAUGUAAUGCAGUGUGUGUGCUGUGUUUGUGUAGUGUAUGUAAUGCAGUGUGUGUGCUGUGUAUGUGUAGAGUGUAUGUAAUGCAGUGUGUUUGUGUGUGUGUGUUUGUGUGUGUGUGUGUGUGUUUGUGUGUGUGUGUAGUGUGUGUUUGUGUAGUGUGUGUAGUGAUGUAAUUUGUGUAAUAUUUUUUUUAAUAUUUAAGUGUUUGGUUUUUUUUUUUUGUUUAGUCCCCCCUCCCUGAUUCUUACCAGGGAGGGGGAUAUAGUAUCCCCUGGUGGUCCAGUGGCUUGUUAAGUACAGUGGUGGCUCAGCAACAGCAAGCGCUGACUUACCUUGCAAGCAGCUCCUACAGCUCCCUGUGUAAAUCUCGCGGCUCUUAGUGCCGCGCGGAGCGUUGCCAUGGAAACCCGUGGCAACGCUCUGCGGCCGCGGGUCUCGCGAGAUUUACAUAGGGAGCUGCAUGCAAGGUAAGUCAGCGCUUGCUGCUGGCCCCCACAGGACCGCCGGGCUUGUAAUGGGCCCGGCGGUCCUGUUAUAUAUUAUCGGCAAUAUCGGUAUCUGAAUUGGCCGAUACCGAUAUUGCCGAAAAUACCAAAUAUCGGCCAGACCGAUAAUCGGUCGAUCCCUAUUUCCCUUUAACAAAAGCUUUGCUAUAUAGCUGUGAGCUUUGUUGCAUUAGAAAGUUUGGUUAGUUUUCUAUUGUAUAGUACGUCUUUGUCUCCGUAAAGUUUUUGACUUUGUUCUGGUGAAGCGCUUGCUCAAAAACAUGGGCUGUAUCAGUGGGAGAAAGUGCAGAUCAGACUAUAUUUCUGAUUUUGUGAUUGAAUCGGUAGUUUACCAAUUCUUCUUGGUAUUUCUUAGCCGUGCGCAAACAAGUAUUAGAAGUGUUAAGUGCAGAAUAUGUACCCUUUUGUAUUGUUUUUUUCCACAGUGAGAAAACCGUUUUGUUUGCUCCAAUAGUAUAUGUAUUUGAGUAUGCUCUGUGUGGUUUGUUUUUAAGGUGUAAAAACCCUGUUUUGUAGUGUUAGGUGGCUUAUCUACAUUAGUGGUCUUAAAAUAGGUGUAAUAAGAAUGUCAUUUAUUUUCUUAGUGACAUAUUGAAGUCUAUAAAAGAAGCAGACCCCAUUCCCGAGGUCAAGGAGACUUCACCUGAACCAAAUAUUCGCAAGGUUAAAGAGCGAGAGCGUCAUAGACAUAAGUCACGUUCACGGUCAAAAUCUAGAUCUCGUUCCCCUUCUCAUUCUAGACCUCGGAGACGUCACAGAUCACGUUCAAGGUAACUACCUACAUUUUCUAUUUACACAUUUUGCAAAGAGGCAAAGUAUGUUUCCAGUUUAUGCACAUCCUGGUUCAGUUUUUAGGGUUAGUCCUUGCUUGGAGUCUCAGACAUAUUUAAGCUACACAUCUACCUUUUUAGACUGACCCCAUCCACAUGGACCUAUGACUGGGCAUAUGUCUUCAUAGUUAUCAAUCUAUGGACUCCUUUCAGUUCUAGACAGCCCUUAUGGCUUCAGCUUUCUCUGUAAUGGCACAGGUGAACUAAAUCAUGUUAAAGUAGAGCUUAAGGACUAGCCAAAGGGCGAGUUACUAAGUUUUCAGUUUCCUGUGGUAUAGUAAAUUUUGUUUUGCAUAUUCACCAAAUAAAAUACCAUAUGUGGGGCCUGCUUUGUUUGGUCUUUGUGUUUUUUGUUUUUGUUUUUUACCCCCUUCCUUUCAGCUUUGCAUGUGUAAAAAUAUAUUUUAAUAUAUCUAUAUAUAAAGUCUUUCUUUUGUGUUUUUCCCUUCAGAUUAGAGGCAGUACUUUACAACUGGGAUUUCAUCACCUGGAGGGAAAAAACAGGCAGGCAAUCUCCCAAACUUUUCAAGAACCUCCCCCAAAUUAACCUUUGGCCUUAUAAAUUUGUUCAUAGUCCGAGUGGUACGGUUAUUCAGCUUUUGUAAUUUCUGGGGAUGUCUUGGGUAGGAAGCAAUUUAUAAGGCCAAAGGUUAAUUGGGGGAGGUUCUUGAAAGGUUUGGGAGAUUGCCUGCCUGUUUUUUCCCUGCAGGUGGUGAAAUCCCAGUUGUAAAGCACGGCCUCUAAUCUUCUGGAAAAAUAAAUUUACGGUAAGUAAAAAAAAUUUUUUAGACCAUCCACCUCCACUCUUUUCUAUGUAUGUUAAUAAGACCUUGUUUGUUAAAUAGGUCGUAUAGCCCUAGGAGAAGACCAAGCCCAAGACGUAGGCCAUCUCCAAGGAGGAGAAGCCCUCCACGCCGCAUGCCUCCCCCACCAAGGCACAAGAGAAGUAGAAGUCCAGUAAGAAGGUAUGUUCUCAUUAAUUUUGUAAUUCUACCUUCAAAGAUAUUUUACAAGUUUUUUUUCUAAUUCUUUUAGGCAUGCAAGUGGACUACAACCACAUGUCAUUUUUUAAGGCCUAUUCUAUUUCUGACCUUGAAAAUUAAGAAUUAAUUUUUUCCCCCCUGUAUUUUCUAUUUAAGAAGAAGACGUUCUUCAGCAUCUUUAUCUGGGAGCAGUUCUUCAUCAUCCUCUUCCCGCUCUCCUCCUCCACCUAAGAAGCAAACAAAAAGAAUAUCUUCCAGUCCUCCCCGCAAACCUCGGCGCUCUUCGCCAUCUGCAAGCCCUCCUCGCAGGCGGUAUAGACCAUCUCCACCACCAAGCCCACCUCCUAAAAGACGAUCUCCUUCACCACAGCAGUCUUAUCGUCCUAGAAAAACUCGAAAUUCUGCAUCCCCUCCCAGAGCUCCAGGUAGUUAGAAUGAAUGUGGUUUUUGGGGGGCUGUGUGUUAUGUAAAGGGCAGUAAAAUAAUUCUUAAUGUAUGAAUCGAUAAAUUAAUUUUCAAUUAGUUAAUUUUUGUGUUUAUAUUAAAUUCUCCUCUUAUUGCAGUAUCUAAACACAAAAUUAUGGAGAAAAGAAAGACCCCUUCACCACCUCCAAAACCACGGAAAAGGGAACCAUCAGAAUCAGGUAACUGUCCGAAAAAAGUGUAUAUAUUGGUAGGUGUUUUUUUAAUUUUCAUACACAUUCAUAAAUUUAUUUUUAUGUUUUAUGGAAAUAUCUAUACAUUGCUAAACACAAAUACACACACCAAUCAAGCCAUAAGACUUGCUUUUCCCACAGAAAUCUUACUUUAACAGUGAUCUCACUACUGCAAGGGAUUCUGGGUAUGUGCAUGCAAAUGAGCUCAACAAAGAACCACAUUUUUGCCUCAUGAUUACACUUUAUACAUGGAUUCCUUGGAGUAUGUGUCUGCUGUAUACAACAGCUUUGAGAAACAACUAAAUAAGGAGAGCAAAGCCAGUGAGCCACUCAUGGAGAGCUGUUUCAUUGUUAAUGGUUACUGGGUUGGCGUUACUUGUAAAGCACAUACCAACAGAGUUGUGGUGGGGAAAAAAGUGUGGAUGAAAACCCCUCCUACCACUACAAGCAACGCCAAGCCUCCAUUGCAAGCCAGUAACAUGUAUAUAGUUAAUAAUAUUGCUAAACACAAAUAUACACACCAGCCAAGCCAUAAGACUUUCUUUUACCACAGAAAUCUCACUUUAACAGUGCUCUAACUACUGUAAGGGAUUCUGGGUAGGCGUAUGCAAAUGAGCUCAUUUUGGUGUAUGUGUGUGUGUGUAUAUGUAUAUAUUUUUAUUAUAUAUUGUACCCAGCUGAACCAAGAGGUCGCCAGCAUCUCCCUGAUUGUGUUCGGACAUGCUCUGCCCACCAAAAGUGCCAAAUAACACUUAAAGUGCCUAGUGAUAUCUUGGGGGCAAGUGCUGGAUAAAGUGUGAUGUGCUAAGGUUACGGAUGUGUAACAUGGGUAUAAAACACAAGAAAAUGUGUAAAAUAUGUAAAUAGAUGUGCCUGCAAUCAAGCAUAAAGGGUACAUGUAACUUUUUUUUUUUUAUUCCUUUUUUAUUUAUAUAUAUAUAUAUAUAUAUAUAUAUAGAUAUAAUCUUUAUUUUUGAUGUGCUGAUAACAAUAUGUCAGACAAUACAUGGUCAACUAUAGUUACACCAUUUGCAAGCAAUGUAUAUGUAUGAAACAGUACUUUCUUUUUUUUUUUUAUAAUCGAAGAGUUAACACUGUACUAGACCUAAAAAUUUAAGGUAAGCAAGCAGAGCAUGUGCACUUAGAAUAAAUAGCACGAGUAAAUAGAUUAGGAACUGUAGGAGGAAAAUGGUUGGUUCAGACUGAAACCUCCACGAGGCUCCCUCCUUCUGGCAAGGGGUAAUAGAAAACUGCUGCUUGGUAAAGUUCCUGAGUCGGAGAGAAACGUUCCAAUCCUGUUGCUGUAGUCAGCUGGUGUGUGUCUGUCUGGCUGUCAUCCCUCUCAGCUUCACAGUGAGUGGACCCAGAAUAGGAAAUUUAAACUGUCGAAAUGUAGCCAUUUAGCAGCCUAAGUGCCAGAGCUCACACCAGACGCGUCUGGCUGGCAUGGCCACCAGGCCCCGCGUCCGGUCCAUAUAACUCCUAAAGUGACAGUGGUCCAUUAAAACCAGUGCAAUAAAUGAGCCUAAAACCCAGCUAAAGCAUAUGUUUACCGUAUUAAAGUGAUAGUGCAGUGUGAAAAUCUGUGCAUUUACAAAUAUAGAUAAGUUCUGACUAUGAAAGUGCCAAAGUGCUGAGCCAAAUGUGGGCACUUCAAAGGCAUUUUUUUACUUAUGUAGAAAAUUUGUUUCAACAGAAUAUGAAUGUUAUGUUGUUAUAACCGAUAACAGAAUAUGAAUGGAAAAUAUAAAUCCAAAAGUAGCAUGCUAGUCGUUGAGUGUAUAAUAUCCUAGCAAAAAUGAACCAGAAAAUAAAACAUGUACAGUAAGGGAAAUUUAUGGUGCAAAAUAGCCUAAAAAGUGUGUUCGACACUUUUAUACAUAGCCCAAUGCUUCUUUUUCUCUGGCUAUCACUGGACAAUAUUGGAUUGUGGUGUCAUUUACCAAAUCUUUAUUAGAAACUUAAAAGUAACAGAGCAUCUCAUGGGAAAGUAAACACAAGUUAUAGGUGACUUUCAAUGUCUUAUUCAAGUAUAUGCUUUUCAGAGAGGUGGCAGGUCCAUUUUAAGUCAUCCAUUAAGUGCUGCAAUUGUUCCAGUUUGAUCAGUUUUUCCUUUUAUUGCAUUUAAAGAUCUUCCGUUUUAUUAAUGAGUGAUAUGCUAUGUUCUACCAUGUAGCAUGUGUUUCAGUACAGGUAAUAAAGUAAAAUCUAAAUGUCAUGAUGAAAAUUGCUUAUGGACACUAGUGGGUUUUGGAGAACUUUUAAGUUUUUAAAAGAGCUGUGGUUGAGAACGAAAUAUAUACUUGGAAGCAAGUUCACACAUUCUGUGUGUUUGUCAGUCACCCAGAUUAUGGAACUAGGGUCUUACUAGAGUAAGAUCCCUGCUUUUCAACUGCACACAUUAAGCUAAAAUGUAAUAUCUUAUUUUAGUGUCUCAAUAUAUUUUGAAAAUAAAUGGGAUAUUCCUCUUCCAUUUGCAGAUGAUGAAAAAUUUGGUCGAAUGGGUGCUGCAGAUUCUGUGCAGCAGCGACGUCAGUACAGAAGACAGAACCAGCAGUCUUCUUCAGGUACUGAUUCAGUAAAGUUGCUAUGCAAGCCAUCUUGAUAUUUUUAAUGGAAAAAGUCAAUUUCUGUGUAGUUUUAGCCAGUGAUGACUGAGCCUUUUCUAAAAUUCAAUUAAUUUGUGACAAAAACCUUUUUACACUGGUCGUUCACUGCAAUUUCACAGUUUUCUUGAUCUACUCAUAUUUAAUAUUUAGAAUAUAUUUCAAAAGACUGAUAGAUAUAUUUUUGACAUUUUAUAUGUGGGGAUUAAGCAUUACAUACAAAUAUAAAAAGUGAGAAAUGAAAGAAGAGUAAACAAAUCUGAAUAUAAUUUAUAAUGCAACUCAAGUACUGAAAAUAGAUUCUUAUUGCUGACUGUUAAAACGUCUAGGAUUUCUGCUUUUUAUUAGAAAUUCUCAGUAAAAGUGGAAUCGAACAUCAAGGCUGCAUGAUUGACACCUCAUGUGGCUAUUACCUGUUCAGGUGAAACUAGAAAAAGGAUGCAGAUAGAAGCCAAAAAAUAAUUGUGCAGGGAUACUAAACUUGACAUAAUAGACCAAAGUGACCAUACCAUGCUGAAGGAAAAUAGGCAUACUAUAAAUCAAAUGCCUGUUUAUCUUUAAUUUGUAAGCUUGUUUGUGAAGGUCCUCUUCACUUACUGUUCCAGAAUGUCAGUCAUAUUGUGUUAAUCUAGAGUUUAUUUACCAAUUGUAAAGUGCUGCAGAAUAUGGUGGCAUUAUAUAAUUUUCUAUGUAUAACCAAAUAGACUGGUUUGUCCAUAGUUUGAUAAGCAGUUGAUUAGUUCAAUGUAUUUGAAAAUGUCUACUUUUUGCAGUCUGAAAAAUUUAAAUACAGAAGUUUUCUCAAUAUUUAAAAUACAUUGAAGAGAGCAUGAAGCAUCACAUGAAUAAGGUUAAAAGGGACAAUAUAGGGACCACAAAAACCUAGCUUAAUGAAGCAGUUUUGAUGCAUAGGUAAUUCCCCUAUAGUCUUGCUGCUCUAUUCUCUGCCAUUUAUGAGUUAAAUCACUUUGUUUAUACAGCCCUAGUCACACACCCCUGCAUGUGACUUGCACUGCCUUCCUAAACACUAUUAGUAAAGUGAGUUAUAAUGUUUAAAGUUCCUUUAUUGCACAUUCUGUUUAGUUUUUAAUGUAUCUUCAAUUUACAGAUCAGGAGAUAUAAACGACUUGUUAAUAUCUCAAAAUGAAACCCUAUUUUUUGUUUCUUGUAGGCUGUCAGUUACAGCCAAGGAAGGUGUGACUAGGGCUACAUAGACAAACAAUUGAUCUUCUAAAUGGAGAAUUGUGCAGUGAGACUACAGGGGAAUGAUCUAUACAACAAAUCUCUUUAAUUUAGUUAAGCUAAACUUAGUGUCCCUCUGACAUGAGUUAUGGGUGAAAAGGGGAUUGGAUUGUUUUGUUGUUUUUCCAGUGGUGUAAUUUCCAGAGAAAUGACUGUUCUCCUCCUUUAAUUAGAUAACUAAAAUGUCUGGCUUCAGCUUCCUGGCUUGUUUUUUGGGGUGUUUUUCAAUAUCAUAUUUUCCAUUUUUAUCAGUCACUUCGCUCUCAGACAAGAUGAGUCCUUUCUGUUAAUAUUUUUAAUUGUAUGUACUAUCUAAAAUAUAUUCAGAUAACUGAAUGUUCAGCUGCCCAUGACUAGUUCUCUUAUAAAGGACAUCGUUUUGCUUAGAAGUCUUAUUUGAGUUUACAUUAUCUCAUGUGAUUUAUAUGAACCUACCUGGCUUAACUUUCAGAUUCAGGAUCAUCCUCCUCUUCAGAGGACGAGCGUCCAAAACGAGCCUCUGUGAAAAAUGGGGAAGUUGGAAGGAGACGACGCCAUUCAGCCUCACGAAGCCCCACCCCUUCCCGGAAGAGACCAAAAGAACCUUCACCACGGUAUAUGCCAGGACGUUUCCUCUAAUGGGUGUUCAUAUUCUUCCAACCCCAAAAAAAUAUAUUUUAAGGUUUACUUUUUUCAAUAGUGCAUUCAUAGACUAAACUUUCACAUAGUCAAGAUGCAAAUAUAUUUGCAGAUCACAUUUGUGUUUUAUAUUUGAUGUAAGAUACUGUCUGAUAUUCUGAAAUUCCCUUUUAGUUGAUGUCCUUCACUCAUAAAAGAAGUUGAACAUGUUCUUUGGAGUCCCUUAUAAUGCUGAAACAGAAGCUCAAAAUACAGAUUAGUUUUUGUUUUUAUGUACCAAAACGAAAACUGCAUACAUGUUUUCAAAAUUUUAAAUACUAUAGACUCAUAGUCACCCUGUAUCACCCUGUCACCCAACGUAUCUUCAUUUUAAAGAGCUCACUAUUUUAUCUUUAAGUUUUGUUAAUAGAAUUGCUAGCAAAUGUAUAGAAUUUAGAUAUUUUUUUAAUUAAAACCAGUGUUCCUCCCCGCCUACCAAUUAUUCUUUGGCAUCGACAUCAGUGUAGCUUCAGUGCUAAAGAUAGGUGGAUCGUGUGCUGUAGCAGCUGUGAUUAUCUUACCAUCAAGAGCAUGUCACCAUGUUGUGGGGACUAAAGUAAUGAACUGCAUUAUGUCACUGUGUUCUGGCACUAAUGUUCCAUUAACUAAUCCUCCACAACGUAGGCCAGUCAUGUUAAAGGAGGUUGGAAGGCAGGUGGAGAUGAGGGUGGACUUAACAUGUUUUUUCAAGUGUAAAACCCACAAUAAUGGCAGUGCCAGCAUUUAGUGAAGGUGAAAAUAAACCUUUCUUUGUGCAUUUAUACCAUAUCAUUAUGAUAUAUUCUAUAUUGCUUAAUGAGUUAUUAAGGCUUAAAGUGAACCUGUCAUGGCUGGUUCACGUUAAGCUUUCCCUUUUGCUGUAGGCUCCCAGGCAUGUAAGCUGACUCCUAUUGGCAUGUAUAGGUUUAUAUAGCCUGUUCAUGUCAUGACAAUAGGCUAGUGCAAUUAUAUCACCAAUUUCUGCCCAUGUUAAGAUAUGGUUAAAACAAGAUUAUGCAUAUAUUGCUUGCUGAGCAACUAUAUAAUCCUACUGGGAUCUACUACUGCGUUUUUUUUAAGAAAUACUGUCUAGUAUUAAGACCUGGUUAACACAGUGCUUAUAUACAACAGAUAUAUACCCUAUAUAACCGUCACAGUAAAGUGUCAUAAACACUUUGUUUUUGGUUAAUACUAACUAUUUUCACAAUGAAUCCCUGUAUGUAUUCUAUACUGCAUUAUUCUGAAUAUUAAGUUACUCCUAUGUUGUAAUAAAGUUCGCUUUGUAUGACCGCAUGAGCACUUUAGGAUGUUUAAAAGUCUGCCCAUUGCCAAGUCCUGACUUGUUAUGGCAGGUUCACUUAAUGGGUAACAAUUUUUAAUGUUAUUAAUAAAUUGUUUUUCUUUUUGCAGUCGUAGGAGAAGGAGUCCGACUCCACCUCAAGCUAGAAGACGUCGCAGCCCUUCUCCAUUACCUCCACCGAGAAGACGCCGAACUCCUUCUCCACAGAGACGAAGGUAACAAUCAACUAAUUAUUCUUGUUUUGAUGGCAUUCAAGUUACUUGUUCACUCCAGUUUUUCAAAGUGCAGCUUACAUACUUCAGAGAUUUUUGGUUUGUGAGUGGACCUUGACAUGAACAUUGCUGUACAAUCUGAAUGUGUACUCUUUGACUUAAAGGGACACGUCUGGCAUCAAUAAAACUCGAAUGUGUCUGAAAGACUGUUAGUUUAAUUUGAUGUAUUUUUUAUUUUUUGCAUGCUUUAUAACUUUAGUAUAAUUAAAAAAAGGUUUUGAAGAAUGCUGCACAAUUAACCUGCUCCCCUACCAUGAAAAAAAAAAGGCUUGCAAACUAAAAAAAUCUGAAUUAGGGGAGGUAGAGAUAACUUGGUAGGAGGGGGAAGUGCCUUGGUCUGAUCCCGAUGGUAGAUGUAGUCUCAGUGGUAGUUGGAUAUAUAAAAGAGAUCAUACCGCCGGGUGCUACAUAGAGCUACUCGAGCUCUAUACUUGGUAAGUGCACUUCUUACUAUGAACUAUUUUAUACAGAAUAUACUGCACUAUAUUUUGUUGUAUUCUUUCUUUUAUAUAUUCAGCUACAUCUGACUAAGUCUACCUCUGAGAUCGCACUAAGGUGCUAGCACCUCCUUGUACCAUAAAAAUAGUGAUCACUGCCUGUUUCUCUGACUGCAGCCAAGUUGUGAAUUAGAAGCAGCUCACUCAUUGCUUUUGGAGGCUAACCGGUGUGCAUACAUUUGAUACACACUAGUCAGUCAGAACAGCAUUCUGCAUUUUGUGCAAAAAAAAACAAAUUUGAACAUGCAAUGAAAUACAACAAAUUAUAGAGAUCAAAACCUAUCAAAUGCAUUUGUUGUAUUGCUGACUGGAGUGUCCCUUUAAUCCUUUAAGAACCAUUGCUUAGAUUGAGUUUUAUCAUACAGACCAGUGAUUAGUGUGGAGGUAGUAUUAGUCUAUCAUGAAUCAUUGAGUAGUUGGCAGUGCAACAUAGGCAACACCAGUCUGGUUAGAAGACUGUCAAAGAGCGCACUGUUUAAUAACUUAUGUGGAAACAAAUAUUAAAAUGAAAUGUAAUUGGGGUGGGUCUGCUGUUGUUCUGGUCACUCAACUGUCUUACAUCACUACCUAUAUUGCUUUUAUUUUGUCAUGUUCGUGCUUUAUUAAGGAAAAAUAAAAGUUCCUUUGGACAAGUUUUAUAGAUUAUUUGAUAUUUUUAUGUAGUGUACACUUGUAUAUCUCCAGUACUUAAGUUAUUCUGCAUUUUUUCUUUCUUGCAGAUCACCAUCUUCUCCCUCUCGUAGACAUUCUCCGUCUCAAAGACGGUACUCCCCGCCAAUUCAAAGACGCUAUUCCCCUUCACCCCCACCCAAAAGAAGAACCUCUCCACCCCUUCCACAACCACCUCCAAAGCGUAGAUCCUCUCAGUCUCCACCUCCAACAAAGCACAGGCUGUCUCACUCUCCACCUCCCAAACAGAAAGGCUCUCCUCAAGGGAAAAGACGUUCCCCAUCCCUGCCCUCCAAACACAGAAGAGGAUCUCCACCAGUUAGGCAAGUCAGAGAAGCACGUUCACCACCACCACCACCACAGACAAAACGACUGUCUCCAUCACCACAUGCGAGAGUUGCUCGCAGUUCUGAAAGUCCACCUACACAAAGAAGGGGUCCGUCAUCAUCUCCCCCACGGAGGCAGGAAUCUUCUCCAACUCGUCCCAUCAGAAGGGUGUCCAGGACUCCAGAACCGAUGAAAACCAAAAAGUAACUUUUCAUUUUUUUAUUUAAACAUUUGUGCUGUUCAAGGACAUAAAAUUUUAAAAGCAUGAUCCAAAAUUAUUCUUAAUUUCAUUGCCUACCUUAAAGGGACACUAUAGUCACCAUAACAACUACAGCUUAAUGUAGUUGUUCUGGUGAGUAUAAUAGCUCCCUUCCGGCAUUUUCAUGUAAAGCCCCUAAAUGGUUGGUUUUCACUAUAGGGUCAGGAAUACAUAUUUGUGUUCCUGACCCUAUAGUGAUCCUUUAAUGUUUAAUGUUCAUUACUUUACACUAUAUUUAUAAUACGGUCUUCUUUUAUCUAUUAGUGAUUCUCCAAGUCCACAACCUGCUAGAAGAGUAUCUUCAUCCAGAUCUGUAUCUAGAUCCCCUGAGCCAGCACCUAAAAAACAGGUGCCUCCAUCACCAACAAGAUCACGCUCUCAGUCUGGCAAUUGGUCUCCUGCACCUGCAAAGAAAGCAAGGAGUAGUACUCCUAGUCCAUCUCCAGCUCAGGUAUGCUUUCUUUUGUCGCUGCUUUAUAACCAGGCUACUUGUCAAUCUUUGAUCUUUUGAGUUUAUCCGUAUAUCGCAAGAUUUGUAAUUUAAAAAAUUUAUAAAAACUCUUGCAUUACUAACCAAGGCUAAACAGCACUGCAUACCACCUGCUACUUAACCUGAGGAAAUGGACAAGAAAGACGUACAUGCAGCCCCACCUUACCCAAAUGACUUACACAGAUUCUGACAGUUCCUACAAUGCAUAAUACAGAUUAAGGAACAGUGCACACAUAAAAAUACAUUUUAAAAUGUUAUAAGGCUACUGAAAUCACAUAUCUUACAAAACAAAUAAGGGGAUUCAGUUCCACCAUAUGCCCAUAUUGUGUUAAGCCCAGCACUCCUUCACAGUAUCCCAAUAUUGGUUCCUACACAAAUUCAAACGUGGGAGACAAAUUAAAUAGUUGUAGUGCUAUAUAAGCAAAAGUGUAGGAUAAUCUGUUGUAACAGCAUCAUGAAUAUAUAUAAUGCAAUAAAUGUGGUGAGUCCAAAAAAAUGCAGUGUCAAAACGAAACCAUUAAAGUGAUAGUGCUUUAAUGUAUUUACUCACAAUUAUCAUAUAUCUACUUUAUGAAAAUUAUAGUGACAUUAAAAUCCCAAAUAUAAACCUGUGGUUACCUCCAAAGGGGCCUCUGAACCUGGGGGUUAAGAGAGGUGCUUAACCCCAAAAGGAAUCUGUUCUGGAUUCCAAACUUGCAUUGUAAAGACAAAAAGGCUUUGAGAGCACAUCCGAAACUUGCAUUUCGAAUACAUAAAAAUGAAUGUUAACAUUUUACAAGACUACUCAAAAUCCCCUACCUCGGCAAACAAAUAUGGGGAUUCAGCUCCACCAUAUCGCCAUAUUGUGCUAAGCCCCCCACUACUUCACAGUACCCCAAUAUUGGUGGUUACUACACGAAUUCAAACAUGGGAGACAAAUUAAAUGGUGCUAAAUAAGCAAACGUGUAUUAUCUGUUAAGAGCAUUGUAAAUAUUAUAUAAUUCAAUAAAUGAAACUUUAAAAAAAAAUGCCAUGACAUAAUUAAACAAAAGUGAUAGUGCUCUGAUGUAUAUGCUCCUACAGUGCAAGCUAUAUAUUGUAUAAACAAACAGCUAGACUAUCAUCUUCACUUUUAAUGUCUUAUAAAAAAAAAUACAAUUAUUUAUUUAUUUUUUAAGACCGUAUUGAGUAUGCAGUUUCUAUACAUUUAUUGAUUAGGCAAUAUUUAUAAUACAAACAUCUAAAAGGAUUAUUGCAAAGCUUUGAAAUAUUUUUCAACACAGCCGUUCUGUAUAAAAAUUUGUGCCUUUCUUCCGGUUUACUUUUGUAGACAUCUGAUCAAGAAGGUGGUGGAAAGAAGAAGAAGAAGAAAAAGGAUAAGAAACAUAAGAAAGAGAAGAAGCACAAGAAGCACAAAAAACACAAGAAAGAAAAAACAUCCGCAGCUGCUGCUUCUCCUGAAACAGGUGAACAGGAUGCAGGCACUGAAGCAAAGAAGGUGAGGGAGGAUCAUAUUUUAGUGUUGGCAAUUUGUCCUUUCUAGUUGAAUCCAGCGCCCUAAAUUUGCGUACACCCCAGUCAUUAAAAUUGACGUUAUGUAAACACUAGACUAGUCGGCAUGUUUACGAAACGUCAUUUGUUUUCCAUACAUAAUCUGAAAAGUGGGAUCUAUAGGCCUCCCAUUACCACUAAUUUUGGUCGCCAAUCACUAUUCUGCCUCCUUUUCUGUCUUCCGCUGCAGCGUAAUAAAAAUUCUGCUGAUGCCGGGCGUGUACCUCCCUAAACAAAAAUCCUAUACAUUUCCCCCACCAGGAGACUGAAAGUGACGGAGAAGGAAAUCUGGACGAUUUGGAGAAGCAUUUACGAGAGAAGGCUCUGCGUUCCAUGAGAAAAGCGCAGGUUUCUCCUCAGUCCUAGUUCUGCCUAUUUGCUACAAUGUACAUUUAUUUUGUUUGUAUUCUCCCCCCUCCCCCCCUUCUGUUUUUUUUUCAGAAGGCUGUUAAUGCAUUUGAACUUUUACAGUUUACCAUUUGUAAUUAGGUUGAAGUUUUGCCAUGUCUUUCAGAGCUAAGUGGUAUUAUUGACUCAUUUCAUAUGUAGUUCUUGGGAGGAUUUUGAUUCGCAAGGCAGGGGCCAGUUUGUAAAACUUCUGAAGCAAUGAGUAUAUGUUGCUCCCCUCUGCAUGUACAUGGCUAAUCUCCGAAAUGUUUAUUUUCCCACCGUUAAUAUGCCACGGAUUUCCCAGGUUGAAUAAAAAUUGUACAGACUUUUGGUUUGUUUUAAUAAUCUGUGUGAAGAGCAUACCAAGUGAUUACUAUUCUGAUAACAAAGUGCAUAUCUCAUUGGUCCUUCAGGAGGUAUCAAUACAGCUAGAACAAUAUAAUUGGGAUUAUGUUAUACUUGCUUUUAAGAUUACAAAAACCUUAUCCCUGGAUCUAGACUAGAGAUCAGCUGGUAUGCCAGAAUGUUGGUUAUUUCUUAUACAACCCUAAUUUGGAACACUGGAAUUUAGGGUGAUUUUGUUUUGGGGGGUUUCUGUUUUUUGGGUGGGGUGUUUUAAGAGGCAUCAAGUUACCUUUGUUCCAAAAAGUUGCACAAAUCUUUGUCUCCUGUCAGUUGGGUACAUCUCUCCACUUUUGUUACUGCUCUUAAGGAGUGUCCUGGACUUUGGAUAUUGUAAUGUCCAUUUUUUUAUUUUUUGUUUUGGGUUUUCUUUUUUCGCAAGAUAAGUUGUUUAAAGCUUGUGGAUUAAACAAAGGUAAAUUUCUACAUUUAAAAUUUUGUUUCAUUAUUGCCUCUGUUUUUUGGAGGAUUGUAAAUAAUUUGUUAUACUAUGAGAUAAUAGUACUUUCUGUGUGUUUUCAUGCUAAAAAAUCUGGCAAUCUGUUGCAGUAAUAAGAAAUCAAGUCAGAGUAGCCAGAUUCCAAGAAUAAAAAUAAAACGUAAACCUGUUUUUUAAUGUGUUGUCCUACUAGGGCACACGUCUGUGGGGCCCACCUUUAAUUGUAAAUAGUUAUGGUAAUUAAAUUUCACCUUAAAGGGACAUCAAGUACUAAAACUACUGGUGUUUAGAUUCUGCCACUGCAUUCUGAGAAACAGUGUGUACUCAGUCUGUGUACCUUUAGUGGCUGCCAGAGAGUCACUGCCCAGUAAGGCCUCAGUGCUACUCUGUGAGAACCAUUACAAUUUGCCUGAGAUUAUUCAGUAUAAACUCAGAAGAUGAGGAACAGCUGCAGUGCAGUGACCGUGAGUUUAUAUUCUCAUGACAGCUGAAAAUAAAAACACAAAAUAAGUCUUUAAAGGAUAUCUAUAGGGUCAGUAACACAAACAUGUAUUCCUGACCCUAUAGUGAAAACCCACAAUUUACAUGGCUGCUGACCCUCCCAUUUCCCCCUACCCCUCACCUCUUAAGUUCCAUCAUAUUUGGUUAAAACUUACCUUUCAACUCUCCAUGGGUCUGGUCCGCUGGCCCCGCCCCAUGGGGGAAAGCAUUGGACUGGCUAAAAUCGGCAUGGGGGCAGGGCCAAUCAUCACCUCCUCAGAGAUGCAUUAAAUCAAUGCACCUCUAUGAAGAAAAUUCAGCGUCCCCAUGCAGAGCAUACUGUGCAGCCCUAAGCCAGGAAGCACCUCCAGUGUCCAUUUAAGGAGUGGCCACUUGGAGGUGUCCCUAGGGGCAAUUUAAACACUGACUUUUCCCUGAAAAGGCUGUGUUUACAUUGAAAUGCCUGAAGGGAGCUAUUAUACUCACCAGAACAACUACAUUAAGCUGUAGUUGUUCUGGUGACUAUAGUGUCCCUUUAAAUCUCUUAUCUAUUGUCUCCUUUGUUCACCUGGUAGCAGUGUACAUUCCCUUUUAAGUGAAUACUCCACAUAGUGAAAUUGAUAUUGCUUUAUGAGCUCAACAGAUCAUGGUUUCAAAACUGUACUUUAAACUGAGGGAUAUAUCUCUUGUGACUCAUCCUAUUUAUGUACGUAAACAUGGUUCUAUUUCUCUAAACCAGGGGGAAAGAUUUUAUACUUGAACAAACUUGAAAAUCCUACAAUUUAGCUUUAUUGGUUACUAUGUAUUCAUUUUCCAAGACUCCGUAUGUAAAGGUGCUCUUGAAUGUGAGAUUGGUAUUUACUUUAAUUCUAUAAUUUGGGAAAGAGCCCUUCAAAUAAUUGGUAUCAAUGGGACAUGAGUGUGUCUGAGUCACUCCAAAGUAUACACAUCAGUAAAAUACCUCUAUUAUUGAAGCACCAGGGAAAUUACCUAUUGUUUGGAAGUGAGAGAGAACCUUCCAACUGGCUAACAAACAGUACACCAAUACUUCAAAACCACAAUUUACUAGGGAGGCCCCAAGAAGCCUUUUGGGAUUACACAGGGGUAGUUUUUUUUAAUUUAUUUUUGUAAACAUUUUAUUUCUGGUAGCUGAUCAAGCUAAAUUAGAGUUUUUGUUAAAAUUUAUAAAGCUUUUUUUUCUCCCCAAGUCUUGCUAAUUAAAGAGUGAUGUUUAAGUGCAAAAUGGAAAAGGUUAUGCCAUCCUUUACUUGUCCAAAACAAACUACACUUUUUAAAAAUUAAUGAUCCAAUUGGAUGUGCUAAUCUGAAUUCACAAAGGUGUUGCAUAGAACUUCUUAAUUCAGACGUCAAAAUCAAAGUUGUAAAUGGCUUUUUGGUUUAUCCUAUCAUGGUAUUAUUAUUCUGAUAGCAUGGGUAAAGGCCCUGUAACUGUGUGUAGAAAAUCCCUAAAGAGCAAUCUACAAUCAACUAAGUAAUUUGGACUUAUCCUGGUUUAGGUUAUAUUAAAUGAUUUUACAUAAUCCGUUACAGUGGAACGCUAAAAAUAAUUCCGUUAACAUAGACUGCUGCUUAACACUUGGUGAGACUUGUAAUGGCUCAUGUACCAGUCAGAUUGUUUUUAAAAUUACCUCUGGGUACUUUAUUCCACAUCAGCUUAAGUGUUUUCUUCUAAAUAUGAUCCUGUAACUCCCAUUGCCCUCCAUGUUUCAUUGUGUACGAUGGAGUUGUCAAAGUAAGAGAUAACAUAACUGUCUAUAUUUAAAAAAAAGUUUAAAGGGACACGUUGUGCACCAUAACGUCAUUGCAAUGAAUUGUGCAAGGAGGUCCUGGAUGCCAUCAUACCUUAAGGGGUUAAACCAAUAAUGAAUAGUUUAACUCCCAAAUUCUGGAAGAUGCGUGCCUAGUGAUAGGGUGAGACGGUCAGCUGAUGCUCUUAAUAUAUCCGUGGUGCCCGUUCUAAGGCUCCCUGUCAAAAGGUCUAUUCUUAGCUCUUCAGAAAAAGAGGUGCAAAGCGAUGGGGCACAGUCUUUUAGAGUUUGUGAAAAUGUGUUGUGGUCCUUGUGACAGUUUAGAAGUUAUGUUUUAGAAUGUGCUUUAGAAAUAAUAAAAUGAACUGUCCACAAGCGAUCAUCCUGUGUUUUUUGCUGGGUUGCACCAUUUAAAAAAAAAAAAAAAAAUGACAAACAGUAUGGACACCUGAGCAUAGGCUGUACCCUAACAGCGUUGUUGAGGGAGUGACCAAGCAUUUGCUUAUACAUGUGGUCCUCACUUUACGACCUACCUGUUUUACGACUGCUUGCACUUAUGACCAACUCCAUAGCAUGGGGAUUUAAGGGAUUCCCCACAUUAGAGAGCUGGUCUAUGCUUGGGAAAUUUUCCCAGAACAGAUUUCAGAGAUUCCCUGCGCUUUUGAGCUAGUCUAUUUUGGGGGAUGUUUCACCGAACAUAACUUGCGGGAUUCUCUGCGCCAGUGAACUGGUCUAUUUUUGUGUUAAUUCACCCGAGCAUAGAUCUGCUGUCUUGUGCAUGCUAACUAGCGCACAUCUUCACUUACCGACCAAGCCAGACAAACGGAACCUGGUCAGUAAGUGAGGACUGCCUGUAUAGCACUUUUUCCCUUUGACAGAGAAUGUGUAUCGUGAGACAACCCGGGUUAUGUACUAAAGUAAAAAUUGUGGAUUCCAAAUACAGGAGCAAAGUAUCUGAACUGAAAGCAUAGCGGACUUGAAUUAUUCCAGGGUUACUAUUUUUCCCUUAAAUUUGGAAGUCACUUUGAAUCCUCAGUUUAGCAAAUAACCCUGAAAGUGAUCACCUGUGCAUGUAUGUAUCGCUGUAUUUUUCACAAGCAAUUGUAGUGCAGUAGGGAGGAACUGUCACUUUUCAAAGUAAUUGUUCCUCUUUAUGCACUGCUAUUGAAGUGAAAUAAAUGUGAAGCUACCAAACUAUUAGACAUACACAAAGUAGUCUCAUUUAUCUCAUUUCCUUUUAAUUGGAAACAAAACUUCCCUCCACCCACAACAGACAAAACAAAAAGUUGUCAUUAAAGGUCAUAGAGUUCUAUAGCAACAAAUUAUAAACAAAUCUUGACCCAAAAUAGGGUCUAUACUGCCACGUUAGGCUAAAUACUUAAUGUAUUUUGGACUGUUGUUUUUUUGUUUUUCUUCUAAGAAGCCACUCUUGGUAAUGACUGUGGUAAGGGAUCUCAUUGCAAUUUGCAAUAAAGUACUUAUGGGCCUAAGACUGGCAUACAUUUUAUCAGGCAACCUGUGUAAAUUGUGGUUAAAGCUACCCAAUUUGAAUCUUCGCAUCUAAGUAUGCGUUUACCAAAUAUUUGGUGAAUCUUUUAACCACGUGUAUUACUUUGAAUCAUGGACCUUGCUAACAUUCACAUGUGUAAACCAAGGCCUGGUCUAAAUGCAAUGCC